CAGCGAUUUCCGGUACAACAAACUCUGCCAUUUUUCUCGACACGCGCAAUGGAGAAAGAAGCAGUAUUCGUAGAGCCAUUUUGUUACUGUGGCCGACGUGGCGGCCGGCGUGUAUUCAUUUAUUCCUCGAAAAAUGAAGAUUCAUUCUUUUUUAAUUCUCGGACUGAUCUUCGUAUCAGUGAUCGCCGAAACACCAUCUUCGACGAGUUCUUAUCUGUCUGAUGCAGAUCGCGUUCGCUUGAGGAAAGUAAUCGAGUCAGGAUUUCAACUUGAUGAUGUUUCUGCUGUUCAUUAUGCAGUUUUAGGUCACAAUUUAAUUGGAGAUACUAUUCCUAGAACAGCUGAAAUAUGUAAAUUUUUAUUACAAUCAACCGGCGAUGGAAGUUCCUUAACACCUGAAAAUGCUUAUUACAUCACGUCGACGUGGAAGACGUUGAAAGUCUGUCAAGCUUUGCCAGUUGCUGCAAUAACAAAGGCACUGACAGCAGUUAUCGAGAAGGAGGGUUCUACAAUUUUAGAAUUUCAUUAUGCGAUCAAUUCUCUGACUGCUCUUUCUCAAAAAUUGUCCGAUGCCGUUACUUCGAAAGUGGUGAAAAAUUUACAGGCCAUUUUGAAAAAAGAUGAUAGUCUCUUAAAUCUUGGUUAUGCUUUUAAAAUUGCUGCCGAUCUCGGAGCGGCUGGAGCUUUCGCUUUUGAGAGAAUUGAAGACACAAUAGUUCAAGCCGACGAGGUUAAUGGACGCUUUUUACAAUUCGAAGGAGGUCUUACCGUCACUAGUCUCAUUGUAAACGGAAUCUUCCAACUUUCCUCGAAUCUAAAGAAGAAAUUGCCUCUCAGUUCCCAUCAAACAGUAAAAUUCACUAAUUAUCUUUUGUCGCGUCGUUCCGUCCAAACACCAAAAGGCGUCGUUUCACUUCUCUCUGCACUUGAUGUUCUUGCCACCAACGAAUAUGAAAAACCAAUUUGCAUCGCUUUGAUGGAAGGUGAAAAUAUUGUCUCGACGAAACAACCAUUAAUUCGUGUUAAAAUUUGCAAUAUUUUGGGUAAACCACUUGCAUCAACGCCAACUGUGGUUGCCAAUACGGCGACGCGUGUCGGUGACGAUGUUGUUGUUCUGAACAAAAAGAAUUUCCAAGUCGAUCCCAAGGACAAGACUUUGUUUACAACGAACUUGAUGGACGCAAAACCUGAACGUGGAUUUUACAAGGUCGCAAUCUCGGCCGGUUCCAUCUCGAAUACAGUGACCGUUAAAGUAUUAUCAGAAGCUGUUGUUGAUUAUUUGGAAAUUGGAACUGCAGACGCUGACCAAACUAUGCAACCAAAACUCGUCAGAGUAUCCUAUUCGGAAAAAAUGAAAGACAAAAUUGAGGCGGAUUCGCAACAGAAACUUGUAAUGAGAUUUUUAUUGAAGGAUUCUCUAACAAAGAAAGCAAUGCGCGUUCAUCAGGCUUUCGUUCGUUUAUCCUCUGUUCCUCAACCCGGAAAGGAGAAACUCACGAAUGAAAUAAUCUUCGUCGCGGAACCUGAUGCUUCACAUAUUUACAAAUUCGAUAUGCCUUUAGCAACGGCUGCCAAAAACUUUGGCCACCAAAGUGGAGAUUACAAUGUUGAAUUAGUAAUUGGUGAUGCUGUUUUGAGUAAUUCUUUCCAAUGGAAUUUGGGAACAGUUAAUUUGAAAUUUCCCGAACCAACAGCAGCUGAACUUGCGGAAAAAUCGUCAGUCUACAAAGAUAAGCAGAAUAUGUAUCAACCAAAGCCAGAAAUCAAGCACAUGUUCCGCGAACCGGAGAAAAGACCACCAGCUUUUGUUUCGAAUCUCUUCACUGGACUUUGUUUAGCUCCAGUUUUAUUGUUAUUUAUUCUCUGGGCAAAAUUAGGAAUAAAUAUUUCUAAUUUCCCAUUGUCAUUGAGUGCUAUUGGUUUCCACGUUGGCCUAGGAGGUAUUUUUGUACUUUUCGGAGUAUUCUGGUUGAAACUGAAUAUGUUCGUGACCUUAAGGUAUCUUCUUGGCCUUGGAAUUGUAACAUUCCUCGCUGGAAGUAAAUUACUUUCACAAAUUGCUCAAGGUCAAAAGCAUAAUCGUUGAUUUUUAAGAGAAACGUUUUGCAAAAAAAAAGAAAAGACAAAGAAAUUUUUAAACAAAUUCCUGGACGAGUAUGAAAGCAGUUGAAAAAACUGCUUGAAGCAAAAGAAAAAUAAAGAAUCGUUUCUCGUUCCAUUUUUGUACAUAAAGAGAGUAAUAGUAAUUUUUUUAUAACUAUAAUUUGAUUACUUCAUUACGAAUUCAAUAGAUUAUUAUUUUCUUAAAUAAUAAAAUUAUAAUCAAUUUUUACUUUCCAUUUAUCACUUAAGGCACUAAAAAAAAAAUUUUAAAUACAAUUUUAACACAAUUACAAACUAUGUAAUUAAAAAUACUUGUUAAUUUUAAUUAUUAAUUCAUUUUCAUCAGAUUCUUACGAAAUCUGAUACUUUAAAGAAAAAAAAAUGAAUUUAGAAGACUGCUUUGGAUCUCAGUUCGGUUCCGAAUUAUUACAUAUAUAUUUAAAUAAUAUGUAAAAUAUAAAUUCUUUAAACGGUUUUCAAUUUUUUGUUCUUUAAAACAAAAUGUGAGAAGAUUGACAUUUUAAAAAUAAAAAUUAUUGAAAAUAAUUUAUUUAAGUUGAGGUUAAAUGUACAUUUUCUGUCAACGAUAUAAUGAAAAAAAGAGAGAUAAAAAGGUAAAAAAUUCUCGUUGCAGAGUUUAAACGGCUUAAACUCAUAUUAAAUUAUGGUUUUAUACCUGUACAAAUUUUUGGAAAAUAUACAUUAAUCUUCUAUUAUAAAA